AUGCAGCAUCUUACACUUGCAGCAUCUCUGUCUGCUGCUGUUCUCUUUGCAUGCAUCCUGUAUGCUGAAAGUGCCGAUCUGAACUCCGACAAGCAGGCUCUUCUUGCAUUUGCUGCAUCCCUGCCCCAUGGCAGGAAGCUCAACUGGAGCUCCACAACACCUGUCUGCACUUCUUGGGUUGGAGUGACAUGCACACCGGACAAUAGCCGUGUACACACACUACGGUUACCUGCAGUAGGACUCUUUGGCCCAAUACCCUCGGAUACGCUUGGCAAGCUUGAUGCCCUGGAGGUGUUGAGCCUCAGGUCUAAUCGCCUUACUGUUGACCUCCCUCCUGAUGUAGGAUCUAUUCCUUCUCUUCAUUCCCUCUACCUGCAGCAUAAUAAUCUGUCUGGAAUCAUACCAACUACACUUUCAUCCAGCCUAACAUUCCUAGAUCUGUCCUACAACACUUUUGAUGGGGAAAUCCCAUUGAGAGUACAGAAUCUCACUGGACUUACUGCAAUCCUUCUCCAGAACAACUCUCUUUCUGGACCCAUCCCUGACUUGCGUCUCCCCAAAUUGAGGCAUUUGAAUAUGAGCAACAACAACCUCAGUGGUCCAAUACCACCUUCCUUGCAGAAAUUCCCAGCUAGUUCAUUCUUAGGGAAUGCUUUUCUGUGUGGGUUACCAUUAGAACCAUGUCCUGGAACCGCGCCUUCUCCUUCACCGACACCACCACCAUCAGUGCCCAGCAAACCCAAGAAGAGCUUCUGGAAAAGGAUCAGGACAGGUGUUCUAAUUGCAAUUGCUGCUGCAGGAGGGGUAUUGUUGCUUCUCUUGAUUCUUGUAGUCUGUAUAUGUAUUUUCAAGAGAAAGAAACACGCAGAACCAACCGCAGCUUCGUCAUCCAAAGGAAAAGCUAUUGCAGGUGGAAGGACAGACACCCCUAAGGAAGACUACAGCAGUAGUGUUCAGGAGGCAGAGAGAAACAAACUGGUUUUCUUCGAGGGUUCUUCAUAUAACUUUGACCUGGAGGAUUUGCUGAGAGCUUCGGCUGAAGUACUUGGAAAAGGAAGCUUUGGAACUACCUACAAGGCUGUUCUUGAGGAUAGCACCACAGUUGUGGUCAAGAGAUUAAAGGAGAUGGUGGUGGGGAAGAAAGACUUUGAACAGCAGAUGGAGAUAGUUGGCAGGAUUGGCCAGCAUCAGAAUAUUGUUCCGCUGCGUGCUUAUUAUUACUCCAAAGAUGAGAAGCUACUGGUGUAUGACUAUGUCCCAGCUGGUAGCCUUGCUGCUGUUUUGCAUGGGAACAAAGCUACUGGAAGAGCUGCACUGGACUGGGAGACGAGAGUAAAGAUAUCUCUCGGCAUGGCUCGUGGACUCGCUCAUCUUCACGCUGAGGGGAGCGGGAAGUUCAUCCACGGCAACCUGAAAUCGUCGAACAUCCUUCUGUCACAGAACCUGGACGGCUGCGUCUCCGAAUUCGGCCUGGCACAGCUCAUGACCACCCUACCUGCCCCUGCGCGGCUCAUCGGAUACCGUGCGCCGGAGGUCCUGGAGACGAAGAAGCCGACCCAGAAGUCCGACGUCUACAGCUUCGGCGUGCUGCUCCUGGAAAUGCUGACCGGAAAGGCCCCCCUGAGGUCCCCCGGCCGCGAGGACUCCGUUGAGCACCUGCCGCGGUGGGUGCAGUCCGUGGUCCGGGAGGAGUGGACCGCGGAGGUGUUCGACGUGGACCUGCUGCGGCACCCCAACAUCGAGGACGAGAUGGUGCAGCUGCUCCAGGUGGCCAUGGCGUGCGUGGCCGUCGCGCCGGACCAGCGGCCGAAGAUGGACGAGGUGAUCAGGCGGAUCGCCGAGAUCCGGAACUCGUACUCGGGGCCGGCGAGCCCGCCGGAGGAGACCGCCGCCCAGGCGCCGUGA